GGUAUAUAUAUAUGUAUGUAUAUAUAUCGCUCUCUCUCUGUCUCGCCGCAGGUACGCUUCAAGGACCGCAUCACGAUCCUGCGUGGCAACCACGAGUCGAGACAGAUCACGCAGGUGUACGGCUUCUAUGACGAGUGCCUACGCAAGUACGGCAACGCUAACGUGUGGAAGUACUUCACCGACCUAUUCGACUAUAUACCGCUCACCGCACUAGUGGAUGGACAGAUAUUCUGCUUGCAUGGAGGUCUGUCGCCGUCUAUAGACACACUAGACCACAUUAGGGCAUUGGACAGACUGCAGGAGGUUCCACACGAGGUACAGCUUCUCUCUAUUUCACACACGG